CAUCCCUCGGCUUUAAGCAUGUUCGACCAAAUAAUGGCCGCUUCCAUAGGGAAACGGAUUGUGAUGUUUCUCGACUACGACGGCACUCUUUCCCCCAUCGUCGAAGACCCCGAUCGAGCUUUCAUGUCCGGAGAGAUGAGAACGGCCGUAAGAGAUGUUGCUAGAUAUUUUCCGACAGCAAUUGUGACUGGAAGGUGCCGAGACAAGGUUUACAGCUUUGUAAAAUUAUCUGGCCUUUAUUAUGCCGGCAGCCAUGGAAUGGACAUCAAGGGACCCUCUAAAAGUAGCAAAUACAAGAACGGUAACCGUGGUGUUCUUUUCCAGCCCGCCAGUGAAUUCUUGCCCAUGAUAGACGAGGUAUACAAAGCGUUGGUAGAGAAGACGAAAUCGAUAGGGGGAGCCAAGGUGGAAAAUAACAAGUUUUGUGUGUCUGUACACUUUCGAUGUGUGGAUGAAAAGAGUUGGGCUGCCUUAGCUGAGCAAGUUCGAUCAGUACUCAACCAAUACCCUAUGCUUAAAAUAACUCAAGGGAGGAAGGUAUUGGAGAUUCGUCCGACCAUCGAAUGGGACAAAGGGAGAGCCCUUGAAUUCUUGUUGGAGGCACUAGGAUAUGCUAAUUCAAAUGAUGUUUUGCCGAUCUAUAUUGGUGAUGAUCGAACCGAUGAAGACGCAUUUAAGGUUUUACGAGAUAGAGGCCAAGGGUUUGGGAUUCUUGUUUCCAAAGUACCUAAAGAGACAAGUGCUUCAUAUUCUCUCCAAGAACCAUCUGAGGCAAGAUUUAUAAUCUUAGCAUGCAAUUUCUAUUAUUAAUUUUGAAUUUGUUGGAUUAUUUUUUAAUAUCAUUUUUGGACUAACAUGCAUUUUUUUCUUGUAAAAAUUACACAGGUGGAGGAGUUUUUGAGGCGUUUGGUGGAUUGGAAAAAAUAUUCACAAGGAAAAGCAGCACCAUAAUUUGCAAAAUGUGCUUAAG